AUGAACGGCUUGGCUGUAAAUAGAGGAAGAUCUUUGACGGCUAGGUCUAGUGAUAGUGAAGCUUUAGAAUAUGUGGAUGCUAGCGAAGAGGUUAUUUAUGGCCAAUCCCUCGAACUGCUCGAUACAAUAGCGGAAACGACAAUCACUAUGAAUCUAUUCCUCAAUAACAAAUUUGAUUUGGCUGAAGAAAGAAUGGCAGAAUUACACGAUAAAAGUAUGUAUCAUGCAUUAGGCUAUACCUGUAUCCUCUUCAUCAAGGCGAUGAUGACUUGCGAUCGAGCCGACAUGGAAAGGGCAAUGCUUGUCUGCAAAAAUGCAACUACUGUCAUUGAAAAGUACAAACAGAAGAUGACGCUCGGGGAAACGCUGUCGUACUAUAGUUUCGGGAGUAGGCAGAAGCCGCUUACUGAUGAGGAGCUACACGCUGAAUUGUGCUAUGCUGAAUGUGGGCUGGUCCGCGCUAUGCUCACCUUUUUCCAUGACGAGACGCUGGCCAGUUUUGUGCGUGGUGGCUUGAAAAUCCGGAGUUGUUAUCAGACGUUUAAACAAUGCCAUAAGCUACUAGAAAAUGAUGCCGUUUGGGCUGGCAGAGAUCCAGAAAUCAAGAACCAAUUCGAGGCGGGUGUCCGUAUGGGUAUCGGUGCUUUCAAUCUCAUGCUCUCUGUAUUGCCUUCAAAGGUUUUAAGGCUAUUGGAAGUUGUUGGAUUUUCCGGGAAUAAGGCGACUGGUAUGAGUGAGCUGAUUCGAGCUUCAUCUAUGGAAGGGACACUUCGAGCUCCACUUUGCGCCACGAUGCUUUGCGUAUGGCAUCUCCUCGCUUCCUUCCUCGUCGGAGUAGGAAAACCGGAUAUCAGGAUGUGCAACAAGUUGCUACCUGGUAUUAUGGCAAAAUAUCCGAAGGGAGCAAUCCCUCUUUUCCUCAAAGCCCGACUCCUUCUUGUGACUGGCGACAUUAAUUCCGCCAUCUAUAACUUCAAUAUGUCCAUCGAGGCUCAAGACUGCUAUAAACAAUUCCACCAUGGAUGUUAUUGGGAGCUGCUAUUUGCGCAUUCCUACCUACGCCAAUGGGCAAAAGCUGCAAACUACGCGAAAAAGUUGGUGAACGAAUCGAAGUGGAGUCGCUGUGUGUACACCUACAUGCUUGCGAUUUAUUUCUCGGCAGAUGAGACGAUUGAAGAAAAGAAACGGAUUGAGACUGUAAAUGCGUUGGCAAAAAAAGUCGAUGGUUUUCGGCUUAGAAUUGCUGGAAAAUCGAUCCCAGUCGAGAAAUUUUGUUCGAGGCGCGCAAAGAGGUUUUUGGCGACAAAUUCUUUUGUGUUGGCCCACUAUGAAUUUGUGUAUUUCUGGAAUGGAUUUGAUAUCAUGGGCCGAAACGAAGCUCUCCUCGUCCCAAUCCUUGAAGAUAUAGAUCGAGUUUGGGAAAGGCACAAAGCCAAAGCUGAUACGGACGAAGAAUGUUUAUACUAUUUGUUGCGUGGUGUCUGCCUGAAGUCGUUAGACUCACUUUAUCAAGCUCAAAAAUGCUUUGAGCAUGUGAUUUCUUGUUCCGAACAAAUCGUUGAGCUCAAAUACCUCGUACCUAACGCGACAUUCGAGUUGGGUUCGGUGAUGAUGCUGGAGGGAAGCCACGAUACAGCUAUGGAAUUGCUGGCAAAAGCCCGAGCCUACAAGGGCUAUUCCCUCGAAAACAAACUUCAUUUCCGAAUCCAUGGAUUGAUGGAUCAGAUGGAAGUGAGAACGCCUGUU